AUAGGUGUAACAGGUUAAGCUGCGCCUUCUUUUUCUCUAAAGAGCAAUCAUUAUGGCAUGGGCUUGAUAAACCAACACGUUAUCAAACUGAAAGGAUUUUUAUUUGACUUUAUAAGCAGUUUAAACGCUAACAUUUCUCACCCAGGACAGGACUUUGGGAGGGAUUAAGGAUGGAGUCAUGAGUCUGCCUCAGUGCUACAUGCAUGACUGUGUUUAGGAUACCUUCUCCUGGACUGAUGAUCUUUAUUUCAACGCUGAUAUUGUCCCAGCUUGUGCACAGUUAACAGUAUCUGCCGAGGAGAAUGACAUCUCUGCUGAACACACUGUCUCUGUGUCUCUGUGUCCUCCGGAUCUGUGUGAUACAGGGAGACUUUCUGGAUCCUCCUACAGAAGAACCCAUCCUCUCUUUGUCAGAGAAGGAGACCGUCCUUCCCUGCCGCUACCAACUGUUGCCCGGCGACACCGUGGUGCAGGUCACAUGGUACAAGGAGAAGCCAGAUGCCACCAAGGACCAGAUCGUCACUGCACACCACACUAAUGGACAGACAGCGUUUGGAGCGUGGUCUCAACGUGUGCGCUUUCAAAGCAGUGAACCCACCGUGGACUCGUCUCUGGUCAUCAUGAGCACCGAGGUCUCAGAUGAGGGGAAAUAUCUGUGCCGCAUCAUCACCUAUCCCUCUGGAAACUUUGACACAGAGAUGUCACUCACCGUGUGGACCAUUCCCAUCUCCUCCUUGGACCCUGUGAUCCUGGUGGAGGGCCAGUCCUACCGGCAGGCCGCUUCCUGUCGCUCUGUGGCCCGCCCGCCUCCCCGCCUCUCCUGGGAAACCGACCUGAAUGGCCAGUCCACCAAUCGCACCUCCGAUAACGGGGCCGUCACCUCGCACUACUCCCUACACCCCCUCAGGAACAUGAAUGGCAAGAGGCUGGACUGUAUAGUGUGGCAUCCGACUCUAAAGGGCACCCGCAAGAUCAGAAACAAGCUGGUGGUGCACUACCCUCCAGAUGCAGAGGUGUCUGGCUUCGCUGAAGACUGGUUGGAGGGUUUGGAGAAUGCUGCCCUGAGGUGUGUGAGCGGAGGAAACCCCAAACCACACAGCUUCACCUGGCUCAGAGUUGGGGGAGAGUUGCCGGAGGGAGUUAUCCUCCACCCUAAUGGAACACUAGUUUUUGGGCGACCCCUUAGCUCGUCAGAUAAAGGCAUCUACCAGUGUGUGGCGGAAAACGACGUGGGAGUGGGGAAGGCGGAGGUGGAGAUUACUGUGGGAGACUCCCCCCAGGAGCCGAGCUUGUUUGAGAAAAUGCCAAUGAUCUUCAUCGGGGGCGCGGCGGGGGGGCUGCUGAUCCUGAUGCUUAUCGUCAUCAUCUGUGUCACUUGUCAUCACAAACGGAAGAACAGGAAGCUGGAGAGGGAGCUGACUCAGAAGAAGGAGGAAAUAAACACUCUGGCGAGGGUUGCUUCUAUCAGGAGGAUGAACUCUGUCAGCACAGAUGCCAGAGGAGCGACGGAGGAAAACAUCCCUCUGAGGGUGGGGGGGACCCUAAGGACCAGCCUGUCUUCCCUCGGGGAGCAGGCCCACUGCCGUGACAGCCGCUCGACUAUCUCUAUUGGACGGAGUGGAAUGGGAGCGUACGACUACCUAGGCAGACCAGUCCUAAACAACAACUCUCGGAGGGGAAGAGAAAGGAUUCUGGAUAGAGACGAGGAGAACCGUCUCAGAGUGGAGUCAUACGUGAGAAACAGCAGUAUUUCUUUAGAAACUCGAUUUCACCCUCCUCUCACGCCUUCAGCCUUCCCAAUCCUUCAGUCCACUGAGAUUGUGAGACAGCUGAACGGCAGCGCCAUCAUCCCACCAGACGGGGGUUCACGGCCAGGAAGUGUCUCCAAAAACCACCAGCACCCUCCUCCGAACUACAACUACCCUCGGGUAACAGAUGAUGAGGAUGAAGUGGACGAAGGUUUGGGAGGUCCUGCCAGUCAGGAGCACCCCGAUGACCAAGACAGCGAGACAAACAGCUCCCAGGUGUCCGAGGCCCACAGUGCUCUCUAUCAGCAGACUAACGGCACAAUCAGACCUAAACCCAGGCCCACUGGGAUCAGUCCCCAUGCCUCCCUGAUCCACAAGGCCCAGAUAGUUUAGCAGGCAGCUGGGAAUGAACAUGUGGAACUUCAAGACUUGUCAGCUCUGGUCUUGGAACAGAUUCAAAGGCACAAUCCUGAGAAACAACAUCUGCAUCUUGACUACAAUGCUGCUUCUUCUAUUGUGCAUGAUGCAAUACAAUAAACUCUUAAGAGGAAUUAUUUGCAGCAUCUACUGGACAUAUCGGAUUGCUGGCUGAUGUUUGGUGAUCAACAAGUGUGUUCCUGGAACUAUUGGCACAAACAAAGACUAUGUCGCAAUAUUUCCAGUAAAGCUUCUACAGCGUUUAAUCGCAGACAAUAUUUUGUGUUCCCAUUUCGCAAUACAGUAUCUGGUGCUCUAUGACGGACAGGUGAUUGCAGUUGACAUACCUUUGAGGGGGAUGUUAAAAGAACUCAAGGACAUGUACAGUAGAACAAAUAAAUAAGGAAAUGCAAGAGAAGUAGAGGAGGCCGUGGGGAAGUUGGUAAAUCAGAAGAUUGCAACACUUCUGUACGGAGGGUGGUUGAUGCCAUAGUGGUGCUCAGUGUUUCACUAACCGUGCCUGGGUUAAGUUUCCUUACACAACACGGUUUGGGAGCCGAUCCAAACCAUGGGGUUGUUCCUUCUUUGCCACACCUGCACCAUGCAUACCUCCUAAUUGUCUUGGAUGUCAUUAAGUCAAAACAUGACUCAUUAAUGUGGUGAUUUGGUGACCUGUAAAUCUGUACAAAAAUGCAAAUAAAUUCUGUUACAAUUUUUUUAAAUACGUUUUAAAUUUAAAUCAUCUGUACAGUAAAUAAGCAAACACAACUAGCAGAUAAAUAACCAGUACAACCUGCUCCUGAUCCAGCUGGAACAGCUGCUAUGUUUUUGUAAAAUCCAUUUUAAAUUUUUCAACUGAGUGUGCUUUUGUGGAUACUAAUAGAGGAGAACAUGUUCCACAACCUUGGACAUACUGUAUCUGUUCCUUGAAAGGUUUCUUCGGUGUUCCAGAUACUGCCUUGCAUGCAAGAACAACUUGAGAUGAAACGGUACAGCUUUUUAAUAUUUUGGCAAAACCAAGCCUGUAUUACUAAACUCUAGAUGAGCAAUAGUAGAUACAUUUUGUAAAUAUUGGGCUCUGUUACAACCCUGACAUGGGAAGAAAUGUGCCAAAGGGAAAAUAUAGAAAAAUCUAUUUGCUUAAUUGGCAAAUAUGAAGUAUUAUUUGUUUCUUCACGUAUAUGUAUUACAUUGUUAUGUUUAGUUUAUUUUACCUUAAGAAUUUGAGACCGUUUGUUGCAAAAACAAUGUGCCAUAUAUUAUUUGCUCACACCUGAUAUAGGUUAAAGCAAAUGAAUGGUGUUAUGUGUGAAUGUAGGCUGUAUUUGUAGUGAACAUUGCCCCCUGAUGUGUACUGCUGGGAAGUGCAGGGAGCUGAAUGAGCCUACUGCUAAACUACAGAACUAUAAAAAGACUCUGCAUUCCACUGUGAUUAUGAGAAAUGAUCUUCCUGGUCACUUGCCUGGACAUUUGUUUAUUUUAAGGGCUAUGUUUGGGUAUCAGAUUGUAUUGCGGGGUUGAAAUAAAUGUGCAUUUUUUGUAUGAUGUUGAU